CGCUAUCAAAAUCUCUCGUUACCAUGGAACAACCAUCGGAAUGGAACGACGGCAAUCCAGGCGAAUUAACAACCGUGGGUGAAAUUGAAUAGUACAGCAUCGCCAAAAGGUUUCGAGCCCGUUUUAACACAGUCUUCGACAAGAAAUACUGGAACAGAUAUUACAGUUUCGUUUCUUCAGACAAACCGCGCACGGCACAAAGCGCUAUCGCGUUCGCCUACUGAUUAUUUGAAUCUAAGUGUCCUGUAAACCCAUCAAAAUUUCAACCCGUUGCUGUCAUGUCCUCUGGUCGCCAAAAUCAGAAUAAAUUAUUGUCUUAUAAAACGUGACCUCGGUACGAGAUCGACGUCGACGAAAAUGGUCUUAAUGAAAUGGAAAGCUUUUUGAAAGGUCCCAAGGUAAGGAGUUUAACCAAACGACUCGAACAAAGACUCCAGAUAAUAGGAAAGAUGUCAUUAACGUUUGAUCUUGUCAAGAAGGUUUUCCGGCUCUGCGCCUUUGGGGUCAUGAACCGUAAAGACAGCAGCUGGUGUUCCUUACUAGAAGAUGAUGACGUCAGCAUAAUGCAGUAUCAGGGUGAUCUGGAAACAUACUACGAGCAUUCUUAUGGAAACCAGCUAAAUCUAAAGAUGGAAUGCACUCUGCUCUCCAAAAUCACGAAAAAUUUGCGUGACUUCUCGACAGGUCAAACAGAUCUUCGGGGAGUAUUUCGAUUCACGUCAUCAAGCACUGUAGUUAAGUUGUUGACAAUUCUUGGACUUUUAAAAGAUUCUGUGCCGUUGCGCGCAGAUAAUUACCUCCAAAUGAGCAAGCGAGAAUUCGUAACGUCUAAUAAUUAUGGUUCCUAUGUCGGCCAAUAUCGCUGUGGUUUUGUACCAUGCAACUCCUCAAGAAUGGCGGGAAAACUGGAUCACAAGGUACAGGUGUUGGUGAACGGGGAGCCAGUUGCUCUGCCAUGUUGUCAUGGAAACGUAACAUGUAAUCUUGACAAAUUUUUGUCAUGUUUUAAGGAGAUCGUUGACAGCUGUGAUUUAGACACUAUUUGUUCCCUGCCAUCAACUGAUCAGUCAAAGGCCAUGGCUUCAAAACUUAAUCCCCAGCAGAUCCUGUUAUCAUUUAUCCCUGGUUUUACUUUUUUAUUUAGAGUCUAAUAGCCUUGUCUCCUCUCUGCAUACAUAGAGAAUCAAUAGUAAAAUAAAUGCCAACCAAAAGGUCUGUAUGGGGAGAAACUAUACCCAGGUGUAGUGUGUUUCACAUGCUCAGUCAGUGGUGAUCAACAAAGAAACAAGCAAACAACAACCCACUUAGGAAUCAAGAGCCUGGCACAGGCUACCCAAGGUGUUGGGUAUGCCCCCAACCCAUGGUCAUACUCAUGAAAAGAGGACAGAAUUGUUUCCAAAACAGACCUACCUGGGAUGGCAAAUUACCCAGACAAUUUUUAUUUUUCCUGUGGAUCUGUCUACAUCGCUGAGGCCAUGACCCACUUAUUUUUGUUGUAGGUUACUUUUAACUAUACCAACAGUCAACCACAAUUUUAGUUGUACUAUGCAAUUAGGGUUUUUCUUUUACAAGCUUUUCUUAUUUCAGUAUCUUUUUCCCCGUCAUGUAUGAGAAUUCAUAAUAAAAAGAUCACUGUUAUUCCUAAAAAGGUUUACCUGAAAAUCUGCAUUUCAGGGCAAGGUGUAAUGCUGCAUUACCAGUGAGUUGGGGGAUGGGCAGGAGGAAGGAGACUGGUGCACAGUGGUUUCAUUUCAAUUUCUUUGGCCACCUCUUCUAAAAUUCUCUGGAUCUGCCACUUACUGUUAUCAUUU